UUUGGAAAGAGGCGAUUGGGGGUUUUAUUGGCUAUGUGGGGCAGCUUGGCGGUGCCCGCUUGACCUCCGGAAUGCUUGGAGAACGAGCGGCCUAUUUGUUUUGAGAUGCUUCAUGCUGUAUGUAAACCAAGAUACUUUGAAAAUCAGGAUGCCUCAGUAGCUGAGCCCUCUUCUAAAAGGAUGAAAUCUACAGAAGAGCCUUAUGGUAAAUCCUAUGAUGGAUUACAAAGACUUCAUGAGGAAAUACAUAUUAAAAAAACCCAUUCUGGCUUUAUUCCAUUGUCACUAUCUGAUGAGGAGGAGGAGGAAGAAAAAGAGAGGGAAAAAAAUGCAGAAGUGUUAAAUCCAUUUAACCAAGCACCCCCUGGUAAAACCUCAAGUUCAAAAGAACCUUCAGAUUUAGUAAACAAAGCUGAGAUUACAGGAAAUAAAUAUUCUGCUGUUACUAACAACAGCAAUGUAGCUCAUAAUGGAGAUAAGAACAGUUUCAUUAGGGAAACUAAGAAUAAAGGGGAAACGGAAGUGUACAGCACAAGCAAAGCAUUUAUUGGACCCAUUUAUAAAAGUGAAGGUGAUUGUGAACAUAAUCAAAAGAAAAAAUAUAUUGAAAACAACUGCCUAAAGGGAUCAAAUACUAUUAUUGGCAGAAAUUCUCAGAAAGAAAUAGUGCAAGCUAUCUCCUGUGAUAUGCCAAAAAUAGAAGAUGAAUUGUCACAGUUCUACAGAGAAAUUGAUCAGCUUGAAAGUAAUGAAAGUUGUCUGGAUAUUCAUUUACAGGGGACAAAAGCAAAUUCACCUCAUCAACCUCUGGACUGUAGUAAAUCAAAUCAAGUUAUUUAUAUGAGCUCUCAAGAAUGGCCUCAUAAGACAUUACUUAAGGGUAAUGAGGGACAAUGUUUUUAUAAUGAAUCAAGUGGUUAUAGAACUGGCAAAGAACAAUACAUCUGUAAUGACCCAAGUGGUCACAGAACUGGCACGGGACAAAGUUAUGACCAUGGAAGGGAUGUAUGGGAAGCUGAACAACCAUGUAAUAAACAAGAAGAUUCUAGAUUCUGGAAUGAUCCUGUGCCUCAGUUUAGACAUAGUUGGCAACAGACCCAUCCAUUUAUAAUACCUUAUAGCCCACCACCUCAAUUUACUGCUCACUUUAAUUUUCAGGACUCUAGUUCCUUACCACUUCUUUCAGAUGGUUUCAAUUCUUCAAAUGUGGAACAACUUAAAAAAAAAAUUAACAUGAACAGUUCAGCAUGUAAUCGAAGUAAUGCAUACAGUAAUCAUUCUAAUAUUCAUAGUAUGCAUACAAUCAGAAAUGAAUGCAGUGUAUCUGAUGGACAUAUAGUUAAUGGUUUCUGUGAAACCCAAGCAAAUUGGAAAGACAAUAAAGCUCACCAUUUUGAGGAAUCAAAUAGUGUUCCCCAACAGCAUCCUCAGGACAAAUUAUAUGAGUUUAAAAAGCGGCUUUUAAUAUUAAGAGGGCUUCCAGGCUCUGGAAAGACAACCUUAUCUCAUAUUCUCCUUGGUCAGAGUUGUAAUGGCAUUGUGUUCAGUACUGAUGAUUACUUCCAUCAGAUCAAUGGAUGUUGGGCCUAUAAUGUUUCUCAGCUUGGUGCUGCUCACGAGUGGAACCAAAAUCGAGCAAAAGAAGCAAUGGAUCUAGGAAGAUCCCCAAUUAUUAUAGACAACACAAAUACACAAGCCUGGGAAAUGAAGCCUUAUGUGAAAGCGGCUCUAGAAAAAGGCUACCAUGUGGAAUUCCAUGAACCAGAAACAUGGUGGAAGUUUAAUCCUGAAGAACUGGAGAAGAGAAAUAAACAUGGGGUCAGUCGUGAGAAGAUUGUGCAAAUGCUGGAAAGAUAUGAAUAUCAAAUCUCAAUACCUAUUGUUAUGAAUUCAGUGCUUCCUUUUCACAAAACUUCACAAAGACCAUAUUCACAAAGAAGACAGAGGUGGGGAGGCUGUUCGGUCUCGGAAUACUUUUAGUGUAUCACAUAACUGAGGAUACAUUUAAGGUCAAUUUUCUUUACAAGUGAUAGGUUGCAAUUUACUACGCAAUUAGUAGAGUUAAAUCUAUUGAAAAGACUUAAUUCUUUGAACUGUUUUAAAUAUUCAACUAAUUUCUUUUGUGACUAAAAUAGAUUUAAUGCAAAUUAAAUCUCUUGGAGAUUGUUUAUAACAAUGUAAAUGUUUAAUAUUAAAAUGUUAAAUAUUUUCACAUUUUAUAUUUGUACUAAUCUUGAUUUUACUGAAACUUGUGAUAAUGCAGAUACAUUAGUCACUGGUUUUUAAUAUGACAUUUUACUUAUACUGUAAACUGCUGAGCAGUUUCUUCUUCUCAAUAGAACAUAACGGAUUUUUAAUAAGGAAAUAACAGAAGAGUCACUUUUACUAUAAGAGUUAGCAUUUGAACCAUUUCUUUUUAUUACUUUUAGUAGCAUUUCAAGUUGUGCCAAUCUGUUGAUAACAGUUAUUUAAUAAUGAAGCUUAUCAGUCAAACAUUGACAUUCAGUUCAAGUUCUUACAUUUCCAUUUUCUGAUCUGUACAGAAGUUUGUCUGUGCAAAUAGUGAGCUGGAAAAGCAGUAGCAAAAUUCUGCAACUAAAAUCUGUGACUCUGACAUAUCAGCAUGCAGCAUGUAGUUUUGUGUGAAAUCAGUUCUUACAUGGAAUCAUCUUAUAUUGUCAAAUUCUGAAUUCACACUAUUACGGUAUGUUAAAUGUUUUGCCUUUGGUAUGGGUACAUAGUGUUACAAAAGAAUUAAUACAUUUAGAUAUGUUGAAAAAGCUGGAACUGACAUUAGUUGCACUAUAUUACAUUUGGGUAGGAUUAUGAUAUAUACAAUAUCCAGUUCAUCAGAUGUUUGUGGCUGAACUCACAAAAGACCUUUGUGCUAAUGCUGUGUAGUAAACUCACUGGAUGCCUCUUUUCUUUUCGCUUGAUCUUGUACUACUGCUUCAGCAAUCCAGUCUCAAUGAAAUCUAACAAAUAUCAAAGUGAUUCUUUUUUAGGGAUCUUCUGUUCUUGGUUAACAGAGAGCUGUGGGGAAUACAUGUCAACAACUUGUAACUUUAAAUAACUUUACUUGUCCACUGUUUUAAAUAGAUAAUAAAAUAUUUCAUAAAAUACUUGUUUUCAAACUAAUAUUAAAAGUAAAUGUUUGGACACUAAGAAAUGAUUGGGAAGAACUGCUUCAAAGCACAACACCUUUCUGUUAUUCUUUCCUUCUUUUUUCAGGUUCAAAGUUUAUGUAAAUUGAAUCUGAGAAUCAGGAGACUUUUCUACUGUAUUAUAAGAUUUUAAUUUCUAUAACUAGUAUUGUACCUGAUUCCACUUCUCCAUGGGAGCCUUUUGGCUUUCUCAUUAAAGAGUAGCAUGCCCUGUAGAAAAAGUUCCUAUAAAGUAUUAAGAACUAUUAUCAGAAAUAAUUUGGCCUCUCAUACAUGACUGGAUUUUUAAAAAGUAAGCUUAUACAGUGGCUAAUAUCCAUGCUCAGUGAUGAAAUCUGAAAAACUAAAGACAUUUGUUAAAGCAGCACCCUGAAAUGCUUAUUCAGAAAAUGCCCUUCUAUAAUACUGAAUAUUUCUCAGAUAAUCAAAUUAUUAAUGGAAAUAUUCACUUUAUCUCUCAUGUCCAGGCUGACAUACUAUUUAUGAAUGUACUGAUUCAAUGUAUAGAUAGCUUUACUUUUAUUGUAUGAUUUUGUGCUAAACCUUCAGCAAUGACCUGGAUGUCCACAUGAUGGAAUGGUUGUUCCGUUAUUCUUUGCCCCUUAACAGUGAAUUCAAGUGUAGGGUGGGUAGAUCAUUCUACCCAUACAGAACUCUUAGGACAACUUCACCCCAGGUAUGUGGGCUCAAACUUUCAAAUGGUCACCAAGGACCAUGGAGGCUGAGAAGGGAAUUGAAAUCAACACAUCUGCAGGGCACCCAGAUUGAGGAAAGUUACCUCAUAAUGUAGGUGGGAUAUUUACUGGUCAGAAUAGCUAAGGGUGAUUUUUUUCAACAUAGUCAUAUUCUAAGACCCCAAAUCUCUUCAACAUGGCUAUAUGGUAAUAUCUAGCAAUACUAUCUACUGAAGUGCAGUUUUGAUUAGUUUUUUUCCCUACAACUCUACUUUUGUCUAACUUUGAAGUUUGUACAAGCAUGACUUUCUGUUUCAUGUGUUUCUUUUUCUUUUAAAAGAUAAACAUAUAGGGGGUUGAAAGCAUCGUACAAAUGAGGCCCAAAGUCCAGACUGAAUUCUGGAUAUUUGUUGUUAACUUUUGUGUGUCCUAACUUUUAAUGUAUUGUAAAAUAUGCAUGUAAAUACUACUAAAUAGAAAGUUCAUUAAAUAGACAUUUUGGAUAAUUUA